AUGGACAUUCAGACGCUUUUUUCGGUCAAGGACAAGGUUGUUGUAGUGACCGGCGGCGGCACGGGAAUCGGGCUGAUGGUUUCGACGGGUUUUGUCAAGAACGGCGCCAAAGUGUACAUCACCAGCCGCAAAGCCAAAGUGCUUGAGAAUACCGCGCGGGAACUCACCUCCAUGGGACCCGGCCAAUGCAUCCCUCUGUCCUGCGACCUCCAAGAGUACUCGCAAACCGAACAGCUUGCGCAAACCCUCGCCGAGCUCGAACCCAAUGGCAUCAAUGUCCUGAUAAACAACUCAGGCGCAACCUGGGGCACCGACGACCUAGAGUCAUAUCCGGACAAGGCAUGGACCAAGCUUCUGACCCUCAAUGUUCAGAGGGUGUUUACCCUGACACAGCUGCUUUUGCCUCUGUUGGAGAAAAAGGCGCGGAAGGAUAGUCCUUCGAAUGUCAUUAAUAUUGGGUCAAUUGAUGGACUCAGAGUCCCGACUUUGAUUGUCCCGGCGUAUGCGGCGUCAAAAGCCGCUGUGCACCAUUUGACUAGGGUGUUGGCUGCCCAUCUGGGCCCCAGAGAUAUUACCGUUAAUGCUAUUGCGCCUGGCCCCUUCCAGUCAAAUAUGAUGAAGGCUACUUUGGAAAACCUCCAUGACGCUAUUGUGAGCAGGGUUCCAAUGGGGCGGAUUGGGUCGCCCGAGGAUAUGGCCGCGUCAUGCAUUUUUUUGGCUAGCCGCGGUGGCGCUUACGUAAACGGCGUUGUCAUUACUGUUGACGGCGGUUCGAUACUUGGAAACCGGCCGUAUACACCCAGCCUUUAG